GAAAGAAACCGAAACUUUUCAGGACCCAUAUCUGCAGAGCCUCACUUCAAGGCUUCAGACGUCUGUUUUGUCAGCAAGGGCUCCGGCCACCACAGAUAUGUAUCAUCGGGUGUUCAGGAAAUCUUUUCUACCGGCAAAACCUGUUCAUAUAGCUAUUUAUUUACAGCAUGUAUAGAAUCCACCAAUUCCUCUAGCUCCGUCGAUACUGCAUUUUAUGUUAUUAAGUGGGCCCACGAGAUCGUCGGUGUGGCGUCUCCUACUGAUAAUCAGGUAGUUUCUAGAGUUCGGGAAGCUGCUAAGAGAAUUCUAGGGGUUGGGAGACCCAAUAGGAAAGAGCCUUUAUCAGUUGAAGUUCUCAAAGAAAUAGGCUAUUUUACAGUUAUGGAUGAAAGCGAGGGUGAGGGUGACCUUGUUUUGAUACAAACCUUCUUUGCUUUGUUAUGGAAACUGUUCUACUUGAUUUACAUAAUGAAGCAGGAAGGUUUGUAUCAAAACAGGCGCUUUGGUCAAUUAGUGGAGUUAGCGCUAUAUAAAUUAUGUUAUUAUUAUUAUUAUUAUUAUUAUUAUUAUUAUUAUUAUUAUUAUUAUCACAAGGUCACCCACAGCCUCGCUUCCAUCCAGAACUGUAAAAUGGCCUAUUGUGGAAGGGGCCGAUUUAUCCAAUGUUCUACAGCUUAGAAACGUGUGUUUGUACAUGUUAUCCUUCGCGGGUUUUUUCAGAUCUGAGGAGGUUCUUAAUAUUAAUAUGAGUAAUAUUCGUUUUUUUGAAGGGUUCAUGAUUAUCAAAGUAGACAAAAGCAAGACUGAUCAGUUCAGACAAGGUGACGAAGUGGUUAUUGCUCAAUCCGAAGGGAAUGUUUGCCCGGUUUUCUUACUCAAAGAGUACUUGAAGAAAUUAGAUAUCAGCCCUGACUCUAGUGAAUUUAUUUUUCGACCCCUCGUUAAAACUAAGUCGUCCUACAAA